AGAUGGAUGUCUUUUAUUGCAAGUUUUAGUUUCCUUUCUUGCCUAGAUGGAUUCAAAUUUGGUCCUAGGUUUCAGUUUAUUGGAUUGAAUUCGGAAGUUUCAGAUCGGACAUCAUAGAAUCAGAUCUCGUCGGAUCUGUGAUAUAUGGUGGUUGGUUUAUAGUGACCGGCUGUGUUGAGUUCGAUUGUGUUAGGUGCUGCUUGUUUUGGUUUGCUCUAGUGUAGAGGUGUGUAGAAGAGCGUGAUGAGCUUGUUCAGAGUCUAAUGGCAAGUCUCAGUUAGAUCUGGAGGGAGUCAAUGGAGUGGAAGCCUGUAGAAGGUGCAAGCCUAUAAAUAGAUUACUAGUGAAAGAAGAGGAGGCACAAACAAAUACAAAAAGAUUGAAUAUCGUAGCUAUAUGGCUCCGACUUUGCAAGGCGAGUGGAUCAAGGUGCAGCAGAGAGGAGGACAAGGACCUGGACCAAGAAGCUCACACGGCAUAGCUGUGGUUGGAGACAAGCUCUAUUCUUUCGGCGGGGAGCUGACCCCAAACAUUUCCAUCGACAAAGACCUUUACGUCUUUGACUUCAACACUCACACUUGGUCAAUCGCUCCAGCCAAGGGAGACGUUCCUAACGUCAAGGCCUUGGGCACCCGCAUGGUGGCUGUUGGAACUAAGCUCUAUCUCUUCGGAGGCCGCGAUGAGAAUAAACAAUUUGAGGACUUUUAUUCAUACGAUACCGUGAAAAAGGAGUGGAAGUUCCUGACGAAGCUCGAUGAAGAGGGAGGACCUGAGGCCCGCACUUACCAUUCGAUGGCUUCCGAUCAAAACCAUGUGUAUGUGUUCGGUGGAGUGAGCAAAGGUGGGACGAACAAAACCCCUGUGCGUUUCAGGACGAUCGAGGCCUAUAACAUUGCUGCUGGGAAAUGGGUUCAGCUACCAGAUCCUGGAGUGCAGUUUGAGAAGUUCGAGAAAAGAGGUGGAGCUGGAUUCGCUGUGGUGCAAGGAAAGAUUUGGGUGAUUUACGGGUUUGCGACUUCGCCUGAUCCUAAUGGGAUGAACGACUACGAGUCUGAUCUUGUUCACUACUUUAAUCCCGCUACUCAAAAAUGGACCGAAGUGGAGACCAAAGGACAGAAACCUUCUGCGAGGAGCGUGUUUGCGCAUGCGGUAGUAGGAAAAUAUAUACUAAUAUUUGGAGGUGAGACCUGGCCGGACCCAAGGGCACAUUUGGGUCCCGGGACGUUGUCCAGUGAGGGUUUUGCGUUGAACACUGAGACAUUGGUGUGGGAGAAGUUUGGAGGAGGAAAUGAACCGGGGCAACUUGGUUGGCCCGCCUACACGGCUGCCACCAUCUAUGGAAAGAUAGGCCUCCUCAUGCAUGGAGGAAAGCGUCCUACCAAUAACCGUACCGAUGAGAUGUACUUCUACGCAGUCAAUCGCGCCUAAUCAAUGCUCUCAUUACUCUCAGUCUCAGGGUUUGUUUGUUUGUGUGGUGAGCAUUGCUAAUAGGUGUCUCAAAUUAUGUACUGUCUAAUAAAGGUUGGUGAGACAUAUACCAAAAACAACCAACUAUGAUUGGCUUAUUAUAAGUCAAAUUAUGUGUGUUUGUGAUUGCAAAACUACUUAUCGCUUGAAUAAUAUGUACUGUUCACGUGUGUGUUUAAUAAAAGAUAUGAAGUUAUCUAAAAAUUUUCUGUA